AUGGAGAACUACACUUUUAAUGCAGAUAUCAUCUUCAUCGAAGGGCUAAAGGUCAGCCCAGGGUCCACCAUCCCUGCCUUCAUCUUCCUCCUCCUCAUCUACAUCUUCAUCAUGGUGGCUAACCUGGGUCUGGUGGUCCUCAUCUCCAUGGAAACGACCCUCCACCAGCCCAUGUACCUGCUCUUCUGUAACAUGAGUAUUAACGAUGCAUUUGGGGCCUCGGUCGUCAUCCCUCGUCUGCUCACGGACAUGUUCAUUCCAAGCUCAAAGCGAUUCAUUCAUUACAUGGACUGCGUGGUUCAGGCCUUCGCAGCCCACUUCCACGCAGGAACCUCCCACACCGUGCUCAUGGCGAUGGCGUUUGACCGAUACAUAGCCAUCUGUAACCCCCUUCGCUACGCCUCCAUCAUGACUGGCCAGAUGGUGUUGAAGCUGUCGAUAGCGGCCUGGGUGGCAGCCUUCAUCUUUGUCAUCAUCCUCAUCGGCCUCAACGUCCGCCUGUCACGAUGCAGACGCUUCAUUUUCAACCCGAUGUGCGAUAACGCCUCGUUGUUCAAACUGUCCUGCGACGAUCUGAUCAUCAAUCACAUCUACGGCCUCGGCAGCGCCGUCGUCCUGCUGGGGUCGUCCCUGGGCAGCGUGGCGCUCACCUACCUGAGGAUCACCAUGGUAUGUCUGAGCAACAGGAACAAGGUUCUGAAUAGCCGGGCACUGCAGACCUGUGCUACACACUUGGCAGUGUACUUCAUCAUGCUCGUGGCAUCCUUCACCCCGAUGAUAAUGCACCGCUACCCCGAAUGGACGGACAACGGGAAGGUGGCAUCCGUCCUAUUCCACGUGGCUCCGCCGGCGUUGAACCCAGUGAUCUAUGGCCUGCAGUGCAAUGACCUGCGACUGAAAAUCUUCAGUAUGUCCAGUCAGAGACAGAAAGGGAAGAGGAUCAGAUGA